AUGAAAGGACCUAAAUAUGUUGAAAAUAACUUCUAGUUAUUAUUAGCAAGAAGGUUAGAAUACAAUAAACAUAUUAAUUAAGUAAAGAAUGCUAAAUGUAAUCCAAUGUUAGAGAAAAGAGUAAGUUAUGUUUUUAAUUUAGUCUUUAUCAUAAUAAUAAUCCUUUUUUAGAUAACUGGAAUAAAAUUGGAAAUAGGCUAAUUUGAAAAGAGAACAAAUGAAAUAUGAAGAGAUAGUUAAGUUUAAUACAAAAAUGUUAAUAAAAGUGGCUAAUGCAAAGGAAGAUCAAUUAUUAUCAUAGAGUAAUAAAAAUAUAUAUUGAAGAUACAUAAAAAGGUCGAAUUGACUCUGCCAGAUCAAGUAAAUCUUUAAAUAGUGUGAUAAAGAAAACAAAGGAGAGAGAGUUAUUUCAAGAGAAUAAAAGAUUGAAAGAUAAAAUAGAUAAUGUGUAAUCUUCAAUAGCAUAUAAUAAAAUAAUUGAGAAUUUUAAUAAGUAAGAUAAUUAAAAAACAAUAGACACCAAGGUGAGAGGGAUAGAUUGACAAGAAAUUCUUAUUAAAAAUAGAAAAAGAUUAAAGAAAUGUUAGAUAGUUUGACUUCUUAAUCUAAAACGUCUCUCCAUUCUAAAAACAAUAACAAUAAAAAUUAAGUACCAAAAUUAAGGUUACCAAAAAUCAAUUAAUAAGGAUAGAGUGUCAAAUCAAUAUAAUAAUUAAACAAAUUAAGAGUAGAUGGUUUCUACACUGCUAGAUGA